AUGGCUGACGUGUCGACAGCGGCGGUGGGGCACGAUGCGGUGGGCGCGCCCGGCGAGUCGAUGCGCGGCGUGACGGGCCGCGAGCCCAUCUUCUCGCGCGACGUGGGGCUCGACGAGGGCGACGCGCUCUUCCCGCUGCCCGUCGACUCAGAGCACAAGGCCAAGCAGUUCAAGAUAUUCAGCGCGUCGUGGCCGCACAUGCGCGCAUUCCACCUCUCUUGGAUCGCCUUCUUCCUCUCCUUCUGCUCCGCCUUCGCCGCGCCGCCGCUGCUGCCGGUGAUUCGCGACAACCUGGACCUCACCAAGGCCGAGAUCGCCAACGCCGGGAUCGCCACAGUCGUCGGCGCCGUCGUCAGCCGUCUCGUCAUGGGCACGGUGUGCGACCUGGUGGGGCCGCGGUACGGCACGUCGUUUCUGCUGAUCGCCACGGUGCCGUGUGUGGCGGCCAUGGCGGCCGUCACCAACGCUGCCGGCUUCAUCACCUGCCGCUUCUUCAUCGGCUUCGUGCUCGCCACCUUCGUCUCCUGCCAGUACUGGAUGUCGUCCAUGUUCAACUCGCGCAUAGUGGGGCUGGCCAACGGCACGGCGGCGGGGUGGGGCAACCUGGGCGGGGGAGCCAUCCAGCUGAUAAUGCCGCUGCUCUACUCGCUCAUCACGGACGCCAUCCACGUGCCCGCCUUCACGGCGUGGCGCCUCUCCUUCUUCGUGCCCGCCACCGCGCAGACCUUCAUGGGGCUGCUGGUGCUGCUGCUGGGCCAGGACUGUCCCGACGGCCAGUACCUGGAGCUGGCGAAGAAGGGCGUGAGGAAGAUGGACCAGCCGCUCAAGGUGCUCAAGACAGCUGUGACCAACUACCGCACCUGGGUCUUCGUGCUCACGUAUGGCUACUGCUUCGGUGUGGAGCUGACUGUCGAUAACGUGAUCGCUGAGUAUUACUAUGAUCGCUUCAACCUCAACCUCAACACCGCUGGGCUCAUUGCCGCCUCCUUUGGUCUCAUGAACAUCUUCUCGCGCCCCAGCGGUGGGAUUCUCUCUGACGUUGCUGCCCGCUGGUUCGGCAUGCGUGGGCGGCUCUGGAACCUGUGGCUGCUGCAGACGCUGGGCGGCGUGUUUUGUCUUGUGCUGGGGUACAUGAACUCGCUGUGGUCGUCCACUCUCGUGAUGCUCAUCUUCUCCUACUUCUGCCAGGCUGCCUGCGGCGCCACCUUCGGCAUCAUCCCAUUCGUGUCGCACCGUGCGCUGGGCAUCGUGUCGGGGUUCACGGGGGCGGGCGGCAACGUGGGGUCGGCGAUCACGCAGGCGAUCUUCUUCAAGGGCGCGUACAGCACGGAGCAGGGGCUCACGUACAUGGGCGUCAUGAUCAUCUGCUGCACGCUGCCCGUGGUGGCUGUGUACUUCCCCCAGUGGGGCUCCAUGCUCACGGCCCCCUCGUCAAAGCCGUCGGCCACGGAGGAGGCGUACUACGCGGGGGAGUAUUCAGAGAAGGAGCAGGCCAAGGACAUGCACUCCAGCGGACUCAAGUUUGCGGAGAAUGCCAAGUCAGAGAGGGGCCAGACGGUACCUGUCACAGAGGACCUGCCGCGGUGA